GCCUCGGCGGAGACUGGGUCCGGGCUCACGCGUUCCAGGCGCCCCCUGCCGCCCCUCCCGAGCCAGGGAGGCGGCCCCAACGCGGACCCCGGCCGCGUUGGGCCGGCUCCCUUAGAUGGGCCGGCGGGCGGAGCAGCACGGUGGGCACCGCCCUCGGCCCGCCCGCCGAGGCGGGGACGAGAGCGGGAGGUUGCGCCAGCGGCGCCCGCCUGGGGCCCGCCGCACUCUGCACUCGGCCGCCCAGGCUACGGGGACAGGACGGGUGUGGGCGCGGGCUCUGCGGGCCGGGAGGCGAGUCCGGGCCAGAGCCCGAGCCGCGGCGGGAGGCCAGAGGGCUGUGAGCGGAGAUGGCGGCGGCGGCGGCGGCGGCGGGGGCGGCGGCGGCGGAGGAAGGGAUGGAGCCACGGGCGCUGCAGUACGAGCAGACCCUGAUGUAUGGCCGGUAUACUCAGGACCUUGGGGCCUUUGCCAAAGAGGAAGCUGCUCGGAUCCGUCUGGGAGGGCCCGAGCCCUGGAGGGGUCCACCUUCCCCUCGGGCUGCCCCAGAGCUUCUGGAAUACGGACAGAGCCGUUGCACCCGAUGCCGUAUCUGUACUGUACACUGCCAUAAGUUCCUAGUGUCCAGGGUUGGUGAAGACUGGAUCUUCCUGGUCCUGCUGGGGCUCCUCAUGGCACUGGUCAGCUGGGCCAUGGACUAUGCCAUCGCUGCCUGCCUGCAGGCUCAGCAGUGGAUGUCCCGGGGCUUGAACACUAACCUCUUACUCCAGUAUCUGGCCUGGGUCACCUACCCCGUCGUCCUCAUCACUUUCUCUGCUGGAUUCACACAGAUCCUGGCUCCUCAGGCUGUCGGGUCCGGCAUCCCCGAGAUGAAGACCAUCUUGCGGGGAGUGGUGCUCAAGGAAUACCUCACCCUCAAGACCUUCGUAGCUAAGGUUAUUGGGCUGACCUGUGCCCUCGGCAGUGGGAUGCCCCUCGGCAAAGAGGGCCCUUUUGUGCAUAUCGCAAGCAUGUGUGCUGCUCUCCUCAGCAAGUUCCUCUCCCUGUUUGGGGGCAUCUAUGAGAAUGAAUCCCGGAACACAGAGAUGCUGGCCGCCGCCUGUGCCGUGGGAGUGGGCUGCUGCUUUGCGGCACCCAUUGGAGGUGGGCAGUCAGGUGUGCUCUUCAGCAUCGAGGUCACCUCUACCUUCUUCGCUGUGCGGAACUACUGGCGGGGCUUCUUUGCCGCCACCUUCAGUGCCUUCAUCUUCCGGGUCUUGGCAGUCUGGAACCGUGAUGAAGAGACCAUUACGGCUCUCUUCAAAACCCGGUUCCGGCUUGACUUCCCCUUCGACCUCCAGGAGCUGCCGGCCUUUGCUGUCAUUGGUAUUGCAAGUGGCUUCGGGGGAGCGCUCUUUGUCUACCUGAACCGGAAGAUUGUCCAGGUGAUGAGGAAGCAGAAGACCAUCAACCGUUUCCUCAUGAAGAAACGCCUGCUCUUCCCGGCUCUGGUGACCCUGCUCAUCUCUACUCUGACCUUCCCCCCUGGCUUUGGACAGUUCAUGGCCGGACAGCUCUCACAGAAAGAGACACUGGUCACCCUGUUUGACAACCGGACGUGGGUCCGCCAGGGCCUGAUGGAGGAGCUUGAGCCACCCGGAACCUCACAGGCCUGGAACCCACCACGCGCCAACGUUUUCCUCACCCUGGUCAUCUUCAUUCUCAUGAAGUUCUGGAUGUCUGCACUGGCCACCACCAUCCCAGUGCCCUGCGGGGCCUUCAUGCCUGUCUUUGUUAUUGGAGCAGCAUUUGGGCGUCUGGUGGGCGAAAGCAUGGCUGCCUGGUUCCCAGACGGGAUUCACACAGACGGCAGCACUUACCGGAUCGUGCCUGGAGGCUAUGCAGUGGUGGGAGCGGCUGCGCUGGCAGGAGCAGUGACACACACAGUGUCCACGGCCGUGAUCGUGUUCGAGCUCACAGGCCAGAUCGCCCACAUCCUGCCUGUUAUGAUCGCCGUCAUCCUGGCCAACGCCGUUGCCCAGAGCCUACAGCCCUCGCUCUAUGACAGCAUCAUCCGAAUCAAGAAACUGCCCUAUCUGCCUGAGCUGGGCUGGGGCCGCCACCAGCAGUACCGGGUGCGAGUGGAGGACAUCAUGGUGCGGGAUGUUCCCCACGUGGCCCUCAGCUGCACCUUCCGGGACCUGCGGUUGGCACUGCACAGGACCAAGGGCCGCGUGCUGGCCCUAGUAGAGUCCCCUGAGUCCAUGAUCCUCCUGGGCUCCAUCGAGUGCUCACAGGUGGUGGCAUUGCUGGGGGCUCAGCUGAGCCCAGCCCGCCGGCGGCAGUACAUGCAGGAGCAUCGAGCUGCCCGGACCUCUUCCCCCUCCGAUCAGGAGAGUCCCCCCAGCCCUGAGACCUCCCUCCUCUUCCAGGUGAACACAGAAGACUCGGGCUUCCCUGCAGCACGGGGGGAGACUCACAAGCCCCUGAAGCCUGCUCUCAAGAGGGGGCCCAGCAACACCAUGAACCUCAAGGAGAGUCCCACAGGGAACAUGGAGCAGGCAGGCAUCGCCCUCAGAAGCCUCUUCUGUGGCAGUCCGCCCCCCGAGCCUGCUUCAGAGUUGGAGAAGUCGGAAAAAUGUGACAAACGCAAGCCGAAGCGGGUCCGAAUUUCCUUGGCGAGUGACUCGGACCUGGAAGGCGAGAUGACCCCUGAGGAGAUUCUAGAGUGGGAGGAGCAGCAACUAGAUGAACCUGUCAACUUCAGCGACUGCAAAAUUGACCCUGCCCCCUUCCAGCUGGUGGAGCGGACCUCUUUGCACAAGACUCACACCAUCUUCUCACUGCUGGGAGUGGACCAUGCUUACGUCACCAGUAUUGGCAGACUCAUUGGAAUUGUCACCCUAAAGGAGCUCCGGAAGGCUAUCGAGGGCUCUGUCACAGCACAGGGUGUGAAAGUCCGGCCGCCCCUUGCCAGCUUCCGAGACAGUGCCACCAGCAGCAGUGACACAGAGACCACUGAGGUGCAUGCACUCUGGGGGCCCCGCUCCCGCCACGGCCUCCCCCGGGAGGGCAGUCCUUCUGACAGCGACGACAAGUGCCAGUGAUCCCCUCAAGGGGUGGCCUGGGAUGGCAGUGGCCAUGGCUGUCGACCCAGAUCCUGCAGCUCUCCUGUUCCUUCUGCCUUGGGAAAACAGGAGUUCCAGCCCCGCUUCCAGACCUGGGGUGCUAGCAUCUCCUGGCUCAUCCUACCUGAAAUCUGACCCAGUGCCCACCUGCAGCAAAUGUUCCAAGGGCAGGAAGGUCAGCACUGCCCUGACAGGGUGGGGGUGGGUUCACUUGACCCCUGCUCCCCCUUUGAGGGAAGGGGUAGAACUAAUAUGGGUUUAUACUGGAACCUCCCGUCACCAGAUGUACAUAGAGAUUUACAAAGAUUUUUAUAUUAAUUUAAUAAAACAAAUUCUUAAAUAGAACAAAAUAAACACCUAA